AUGGCGAACCUCGAGUCGUUAGCCUCACUUGCCGCCAUCCUCAUCCUCGUCCUCGUCGAAGUCGCUGUCCUGUCCUCGUUCGCGGCCGCGCAGCUGCGGCCGGACUACUACGCCAAUGUCUGCCCCAACCUGGAGGGCAUUGUCCGGUACUUCGUGAAGCAGUCCAUGGUCAAGUCCCCCAUCUCCGCGCCCGCCACCCUCAGGCUCUUCUUCCACGACUGCGCCGUCAUGGGCUGUGACGCAUCGGUCAUGAUCAUCAGCCCGACUGGCGACGACGAGUGGCGGAACCAGGACGACUAUUCGCUGAAGCCGGAGGGCUUCCAGACGAUCCUGGAUGCCAAGGCUGCCGUGGACAGCGACCUGCAGUGCCGCUAUAAGGUGUCCUGCGCCGACAUAAUCGCCCUCGCCGCAAGAGAGUCCGUCUCCCAGCUGAGGCCGGACUACUACGCCGGCGUCUGCCCCAACCUGGAGGGCAUCGUCCGGAGCUCCGUGAAGCAGUCCAUGGUCAAGUCCCCCAUCUCCGCGCCCGCUACCCUCAGGCUCUUCUUCCACGACUGCGCCGCCACGGGCUGUGAUGCGUCGGUCAUGAUCAUGGGCUCAACCGGAGACGACGAGAACCCCGACAAAUAUUCGUUGAAGCCGGAGGGGUUCCAGACGAUCCUGGACGCCAAGGCCGCCGUGGACAGCGACCCGCAGUGCCGUUACAAGGUGUCCUGCGCCGACAUAAUCGCCCUUGCCACAAGAGAGUCCGUCUCCCAGAGCGGAGGGCCGAACUACACAGUGGAGCUCGGCAGGUACGAUGGAAAGAAGUCGACGGACAGAAGCGUCAGGCUGCCGCACCCCGGCGACAACCUCGACAGCCUCAAUGCCUACUUCUCAACCUUGGGCCUCUCCCAGACUGACAUGAUCGCCCUAUCAGGUGGCCACACCUUGGGCGCGGCGGACUGCGGCUUCUUCAAGUACAGGAUCGGUGGCAACGACCAGAGCAUGAACCCAAGUUUCGACGCGCAGCUCCAGGGCACCUGUGCCAAACAGAACUUUGCGUUCCUGGACGACGUUACACCGGUAGGGUUUGACAACUUCUACUACCGGAACCUGCAGAACGGCAGGGGCCUCCUGGGGUCCGACCAGGUGCUGUACACGGAUGAGAGGUCCCGCGGCACCGUGGACUUCUACGCGGCCAACCAGGGCACCUUCUUCUCCGACUUCGUCAUUGCCAUGACGAAGCUCGGCAGGGUUGGGGUCAAGACGGCCGCUGACGGCGAGAUACGCCGUGACUGUCAGUACCCAAACUAA